AUGGAGGUGGAAUACAGCAUAGGAGUGAAUAAUCGCUUCUUAGCGUUAGGACUGGAUGAUGAAGAUCCUGAGGAGACCUUGCUAAAGCAGGAGAAAAAGGAGGAGCCGUCCAAGAAGGAGAAGGCGAAAAAACAAGACAAGAAAGCUGCAAAACAGCCAGUCAAAGAAACGAAGCCUGCCGCAGGGAGAAAGGACAAUGUAAACGAAGAGCCCAAGAAGGAAGGUUAGUAUCAGCAUGUUCACGUCGAAAUGUUUAAUGUACAAGUUGUACCGUGACGCUAUCGUCUUGUCAGAUGGCAUGUGGAACCCUCAGAUGUUUUCAGCUGACAUCGCUCUGUAGUUUUCCUAGUCAUUUUUUGUUUUCCAGGGAUAUUUUACAAUUAAUUUCCAUUUUAAAGAAAUUACUCACUGCAUACAGCCCUAUUUUGUAGUGAUGGUCACAUGAGUUUCGUUCCAAAGCAACCAAAGGUACGCCAAAAUUUUCAUUUAGGGCUAGUGCGGUGCGUUGCGAAAUUUGUUGCACUGAAACGAAGAUGACUUGAAAUCCCCAAGUGAUAUGUAAAUGCCUCUAGAAUCCGUAUUUUACGUUUUAUCAGACUAAAUAGUAUCUGUAAGCUGAGAAUAUGAAUGGUUUUUAGGCACGUGUUGUUAUGUUAGGCUUGUGUAGGCUUUAUUUAUGAGUUAAUACAUAAUUUUGAGGCAGAGAUUCGAUUGCUUCGACUCGGCGAAGAUGUGUUAUUUCAAAUCAGAGAAGGUUUAUUCGUUGCCUAUAUUUGAAAUUUUGUGCAGAAAGAACAGAUAGCAGGCGAGGUGGUCGCGGUAAAAGCGAUGUGAGGAGAGAAAACGAGAAAAACACUCGUAUGACAAACGGUCCAAGCGAGAGAAGAGACCGUGAUGACAACACUCCAAGAGAGAGGCGAGGCGGUGGAUUCGGCGGCGGAUUCCGUAGAAGAGAUGGUCCUCAGGGUGAUACCGACUCUCCUGAUAAAGAGGGAGCUGAAAGGGAAAGAGGAGUCUUCGAAAGAGGAAGAGGUGGCCGUGGAUCGCGGGGUGGAGGUGGAAGAGGUCGUGGUGGAUUCGGUCCUCGUGGUGGCGGCGGUUUUGGCAGGAAGCGAGAGUUCGAAAGAAGAAGUGGAAGCGACCGCUCGUAAGUUCGUGGUUUUUUUUGCCCUUUUUAAUCAUACUUUUCUUGCAGAAGUAAAACUUGUUUGAAAACGAAAACUUACAUUCUCGAGAUAUGUUCUUGCUGCCUCGCAUUGUACUUUUUGUAGUACUUUAAAUUACCUAAUCAUUUAAUAUUAUGCGGCCUCCUUCUGUACUGUAGCUUAAUUAAGGAUACAGAAUCCUUCAGGUUUAAAAGUUUUUAUUUCAAGGAAUUGUGAUGUUUAUCAACCCAGAGAGGGUUGCACAGUUUAUUUUGAAAAUGUCAAUUUAUUGCUUUCUUAUUGAAACCUGAUAUAGAUUUCACAAUUGUGACACAAAAAUAACAUUUAUUUGUGAAUAAAGUAAAAAAAUAGGGCUGCACCAUUUCCUUUCACUCCUAACCUUAACCAGCUAAUCCUAAUUUUUAUUUUGUGGGGUGCCUUUCUGUUUCUUUGGAGAAAUAAUUAUAUGUGUAAAAGAAAAUAUGUCCUCUUCUUGUGGUCUAGGGGCCCCCGACUGGACAAAUCAAGUCGCGGGGACAGAAGGUUGGACAAACAUUCUACUUUCAAUUGCUCCUAGAUAAUAAAUGUAAAUCUGUUCUUCUUGGUUUAUGUUGUGGAAACUAAAUAUUUGAGCCUAGAGUUGUCAAAACAUAACAAAAAGCAGUAAACAUGUAGGUGGACAAAUUGGCUUUAGAGGCAAAAUAUGUUGAUUUGAUUAUCCUUUGCCACUUCAGGCCCCAUAUGUUAACCUUAAGAUUAUUUCUAGAUCACAGACAAUCUAAUCUUUCCUUUUAAAAGGCAUUUAGUAAUGUUGUAUUUUAUGUUUGUUAAAGCUGGCACACAUUAAAACCCACAAUUAAGAAAUGGAAGAGAUUCUGGCUAAUUUAGAUAUUGCUAGGUAAAUUCGAGUUUGGUUGUUUUCGUGUUACAUGUGUUAGUGCUAAUUUGUGUAGCUUCUGAGACCAACCUUUCUAUCGGUUGAGCUGCUUAAUAACCCCACAUGGGAUGUUGGGAGAAAAUGAGAAAAGUUUGUUUAACACUUGCAUCUUGCUUGUGAAUAUUAAAAACUCUUUAGUGUUAUCCCAACAUCCCAUAUGGGUUAUGCUGCUAAACUAAAGCAAAGUGCAAUCUAUCACUUAAACAUCAUAAACUUAAAUUUCUGUGUGCUUACAAGUACAAUAAACCAUAUGUUUUUAUCCAAUUAGGAGUUCUCAGCACCUCAGUUAUUUUAUAAAUGUUCAUCUGCCAUUGCACAAUGAAGAUUUAAGUUUAUUCCAUUGAAAUUGUACUCAAUUUUUUCAACCCAUUGAGUAGGUGAUAGUGUUGAGUGAACAAUUCUAAGGGUUGUCUUCAUGGGUAGUUUACUAAUUUUGCUUCUUGUAAACCUCAUUAUAUGAAAUGAUGAAACACGGUUAAAUUUUGAAUAAUUUUUCUAAGUGUAUUGGCAGUGUUUACCUUUGUGAAGUAUUUAUCAUAUUUAUAAUUUUGUUUUACUCAUUGUAUCUAGAAUUUGAGGUUACUACCCUGUUCUCACAUCAGCUUAACAUUUACAUUUAUGAUAAUGCAAUUAAAGAAAGCAUUCAUUAUUUUCGUAAUUUAUUACAAUAUAGUUGUGUUACUUGAUCUAUUUCUGUAUUACCAAGGCUACCUUCUAAAGAUAAAUUCAUGUUGUCAACAGCUUUCUCUUGUGUAUUGUUUCUGUUGUAGUUAUGGCAGCCCUUUGUUGGCCCUACACUUGUUCCCUGAUGAUAAGCUGUAGUUACUGCACUGGUUUUUGGUUGUAGUCCUCUAUUCAUGAGACGUUUCUCUUUACUGUUUAUAGUUCUGUGAAGCCUCAAGAAAAACGCGAUGGAGGUGGCCAGUUCAAUUGGGGAAGUCCAACAGAAGGUGCAAGGUAAGUUAUACAAGGAAGGAUUUUUCUUGAAUCACAAUUUAAGACAAGAAAUGUAUCUUAUUUCAUAGUUAUAUGGACUACAUCCACUCUGUUUGUCCCAUAGUCCCAGACACCCAUGGCAGCUAAUUAUCUAUUAUGCAAGAUGAUAGUGAUCGUGGCUGUUCUUGGACAUUAACCGUUUUUAUCAUAUAGCUUGUAUGACCCUGUAGGCACUUUUAUAUGUGAAAAUCCCCAUGGGAGAGUGGUAUACAGUGGAGCAAGCAGGACUGGAAAAGGGUGUAUCACUUUGUGCAUGGCUCUGUAAGAUGUAAGCUGAAAGAAGAAAGGAGAAAGAGAAAUAGUGAAAAUUAUUGCCUUUUUGGCUUGGUUGAGUCAGGGCAAUUGAGUAAAUGGUUAACUCUUAGUCAUGACAUCUGGAUCUUGUUGUGCUCCAUUUGUGUUUGCUGACUGCUAAAUUUUCUACCCCUAGCACUUCCUCUCAACAAAUAAAUGAAUUUUUUCCUUGCAGCGAAGAAACUGAUGUUUUUCCUCAGACUGAAGUAGCAGAUUGGGCUGAGGCUUCUCCUGACCCAGAUGCUGUGAAAGAGACUACUGAAGAGUGAGUUGCAUUUAUGAAAAUACAGUGAAGUCCUUUGAUUUGGCCACUUGUAAAUUUACCUUUCUCUGUCUUGAUCUGACUUGUGAUUUUUCAACAAUGUUUUGUUAAUUUGGCUGAGAUAAUGAUGAUGUCUUAUUUGUUUCAUGAUGUUUUCAACUCUUAUUAUUUGUCUGGGGCCAUAAAUUGGAUAGUUUUAUGCAGUUGAAAUGUCACAGUCUGCACUACAAGUGACUACAUUGUUGACAAUGCUACAAUGCUUAAUUAAUGUUGUACUUCCUGAUCAAAGAGAGUUACAACUAUUUAUAAAAUCAUAGCCAUAGUACUAUAGUGUAAAGGUUUGUAAUCCUUUGUACUGGUUCCGAAGAGAAAUAAAUGUUUCCUCAUUUUGAGAUCGAUACAUGUGCUUCCUUUAACUCUUAAACUCCCAGGAGAAACCAAGACAAUUUUUUCCUUACAAUGUUAAUACAAAAUCGAGAAGAAAAAUUAUAAGAAUAUUUAAACAAUAUCAACCGAAUACCAAAUUCUCCAAACUAAUGUUAUAAGAAUUGUAUGGCAACAGUAAGGAGAAUUACUCAUGAGAUCAGGGAGUGAUAGGGUUGAUAAGAGUAUUAGCCCUUUACACCCUAACCUCAGUAUGUAUAUUAUCCAAACUGAUCUUUAUAUAAUUCCUAACGUGCUGACAAAGAGAAUUUGUUUAACAAUCAAGAGUUUCUUUUAUUGGUGAUAAUUUCCUUCAUCCUCAUGACCUUAAAGUGUGAUUCAGGGGUGAUAUUGUCAGGUGAAAUUAGAUGCUGUUCACUCUCAGGGUGCAAAGGGUUAAGGUGUUUGUUUUCCAUACUAGAUCAACCCAAAAAAAACUGUUAAGGAUAACAUUUUUAUACUACAGCUUAUUAUAUGUUUGCUAUGUUCAGGGCUCAAGGAGAAGAUAAGGAAAAUGAAGAAAGUAAGGCAGAAGAGGCUCCAAAGGAAAUGAGCUUAGAGGAGUGGAAGGAGUUGCAAGAAAAGGAAAGAGCAAAGGCAACUUUUGAACUGCGCAAAGCUGGUGAAGGAGAGAAAAAAGGAAUGUGGAAAGAUACUAAAGUUCUUAAAAAACCUGUUGAGGAAGAGGGAGAAUAUGGGGCCAGAAGAGUAAGUGAACAUCACUUGGUCAGAGUGUGGAGAAAUUGAGGGAAAGAAUGGUUGAAGGAUUUAACAUAUGUUUGUUGGACAUUUUGUCCACUUUAUGCCUAGUUCAGUGAGAAAUGCGUAAGUGUGUUAUGGAAGAUUGCCACUUUCUUUUAAAAUAUUGUUGUAGCAACAUUUCCUAUUCUUUUUUAAGGUCAUUGAAGUCAAAGAAAAGACAUCUGGUCGUGUCAAGCAAACAGUUGACAUACCUUUUGAUUUUAAAAUGAAUAAUGAACCAAGAAGAGGAGGCCGGGGUGGCAAUCGUGGAGGGAGAGGUGAUAGAGGGGGUCGUGGUGGCCGCGGAGGAAGAGGAAGAGGAGGUGGAGGACGUGGUGGGUUUGGUAGUCGUGGAGAUUCCAAUGAAAGUGGUACAAACUUUGCAUUGAAUAAUGAAGAAUUUCCUACUCUUGGGUAACAAGCUUUCUGUGGAUACCCACUUGUUCCUUAAAGACUUGAAUGCUGCACACUAAAAAGGAACAAGGAAAUUAAUAUGCUUGAUGUACUUGACUAAAGAGAAGACAGUUUCUCAGACUUUAUAAGUAGUUACCUCUCUAUCAACAGAGGUCUUGAAAAAAGACAAUCUUAUUAAAUAAUGAAGUGCCGUUAGAAGAAGCACCUGACAAGUCUAAGGAUACAGCUCAUUAUACUGCUCAGUAAUAUUGGACAAUGUCUCCAUCUUAGCAGGUUACUUCAGACUUCCUAAUUUAAAAUGUCACAAAAGAGAUAAUGUGAUGUGUGUUGAAAGAAAAAGAAAUAAUUCUAUCCCUUCAUCUUAUUCCAUGCAUUAACUUAUGCUCCAGUUUUCUUGCUAAAUAGUGUUGAUACCUUUAACUGGUGAAGGUCUUCAUGUAUUUGGAAUGGAAAAA